GCCCGCGCGCCAGGGCUCUGCACGGCCAGCGGGAGCGGGAGGGGUAGAGGAGCGCGCCGUGCCGGGGUGCGGGGCACGCGUCCCCAGACGGGAGCAGAGGACAAGGACAGGGAGGAAGGCGCCCGCAUCGCGCUAGGAGCCGACGAGGGGCUCGCGCCGGUUCGGCGCGCGCUUGGGGAGCGGCUCCGGGGAGCCGUGGGAGCCGGCGGCAGCGAGGAUGCCAGCGCGGGGACGCGGCUGCCGGCUGGGGGUGUGAGCGUAAGGCUCAGCGCUGCCCGCCGGCGCCUCCUUCCGCGCCGCCCCCUCCCCCGCUGCGGGCCUCGGAGGGAGCCCCCCGCACCGCCCGGAGGCGCCUCGGAACCUGGGCUUCGGGGCAGCGGGCCCGCGCGGCCGGCCCGGCCCAGCGAGAGGGAAAAGAUGCCUUUCCAUCAUGUGACCGCUGGCCUGUUGUACAAGGGGAAUUACCUCAACCGAUCUCUCUCUGCUGGCAGCGACAGUGAGCAGCUUGCUAACAUCUCUGUGGAGGAGCUGGAUGAAAUCCGAGAGGCCUUUCGGGUUCUGGAUCGAGAUGGGAAUGGCUUCAUCUCCAAGCAGGAGCUGGGAAUGGCCAUGCGCUCGUUGGGGUACAUGCCGAGUGAGGUGGAGCUGGCCAUCAUCAUGCAGCGCCUGGACAUGGACGGGGAUGGACAGGUGGAUUUUGAUGAAUUCAUGACAAUUCUUGGCCCAAAACUGGUGUCUUCAGAAGGUCGUGAUGGUUUUCUUGGAAACACAAUAGAUAGCAUAUUCUGGCAGUUUGACAUGCAAAGGAUAACUCUGGAAGAGCUGAAGCAUAUCCUCUACCACGCCUUCCGGGACCACUUAACAAUGAAGGACAUUGAGAACAUCAUCAUCAAUGAGGAGGAGAGCCUGCAGGAGACCUCGGAGAAUUGCCAAACAGAGUUUGAAGGAGUGCAUUCCCAGAAGCAGAACAGACAGACCUGCGUGCGUAAGAGCCUCAUCUGCGCCUUCGCCAUGGCCUUCAUCAUAAGUGUCAUGCUGAUCGCGGCCAACCAGAUCCUUCGGAGCGGCAUGGAGUAGCCGCCCCCGCGGCGUCCCAGCUCACGCGUACGUGCAUGCUCCGUGGGCGGACUUCCUCCACCGUGCGGACGGUGCAGCCUUGGACCGUUCAGCCAAGAACCCAAGGUUGUGUGGUGCAACCAGUAUUGCAGACCCACUUCAUCUCCUAGGCAGGGACACAAAAGGGCUGUCUUAAAUGCUUUAAUGGUUUUGUUUCCUAAUGCAAUAAAUAGCCAGGAAUUCCGAAUGAUUGCUCAACCACGUGUAGGAACUCUGAAGAGAAAACUUCCAUUUCAUCUCGGAAUUCCAAUGGCCAUCCAGGUUGGUGGCGUGAGAGAGCAAGAGAGAGUCGUGAACGCACAGUCACCUCCACACCCCAUCUUUCAACCCAGGGGUCAACUGGAGAUUCCCGCUGCGGGAACCCUCAGUCCCGACAGGCCGACUUCUGGGCUGCUGCAGAGGGGCCUUUCCUUCCCGCCCUGGCUUUUUUCCUCCACCAGUGGAGUCCCCUGAGGCGUUAGGGGAAAGCCAUCAAAUGGGGUCUGUGAGUCGCACCCCCUUCGCUUCCGUACUUACUGCCUUUUCUACAGGACUCGUGUUGGCAGAGUUGGGGAGCUCUCGGUCUCCACCGGCACUUGGCUUUCUGUUCCUAGGGCCCAUUACGCACCAGCAUUUUGGAAUCUGCAGAGAGCCUUCCUCCCAGCUUUGCCGCCUGUGCUGCCAUUAGAGAAAAAAGAAGCAUACGGUGGGCAUCUCUGUAACACAGGCACAUAGAUGUGUAUAUUUAGCUUCUUCACGUGUGACAUCAUUCUCCCCUAAUUGCCCUCUGCGGUUAUAAGCUUGUCCUCUGACAGGCGUUCCUGCUUCCUCCGGGCGGCAGGUAGUUUGAGAGACAGGGAGGAACCAGUGGUGGGGAGGGGUUGCAACCUACAUCCCAGUUACCUGGCCAGGGCGAUGGAGCCCAAACACAUCUCCGUGCUGGAAGACCUCUGUAAGUUAAGGUCCUUGCUCAUCUUACCUUCUUCUCACCUUUAAAUUUACUUUGUUAAUUAGUCUUCCCCAGAUAAAAAGAGGAAUACAAUCCAACAUGGAAAGAUGGAAAGAUCAAACUACUGUAGUUUGCAUAACAACUUACUUCCGGUAGUCAGAUUCUGCAACUGACUCAUUUUCAUGAGAAAAACAUGUUCAUAAGCUUGGCCACCAGGACAGGUUACUGACUUCUGCUUACAGACUUCUCCUGGGGAAGGGAACUGAAUCCCAUGGACUGUUUUCAGCACUGUUUCAAGUCUAUUCCUGACUUUUUCCUAGAUGCCACAUUGGCUACCACUAGUAAUUCAAGCUUGCAUAGUCUGACUAGCCAAUAAUCUUUCAGUGUAAUAGUUCCCUCUGUACUUUUCCAAGCUCAGGUCUUUAUUUCUGUAGUGGAAUUGUCUUGCUCCUCAUUCUUUCGAUUGCUUCUUAAAGCUACAUUUUUUUCUUCUCUCCCUUUCCCCCUUUCUUCCAGUAUUAAGGAGCCAGAAUCUUUCCUUUCUGCCUGCAGCUGGGAAGGCAUGCGGCGUGCAGCAUGGUGUGUGUCCCUGAACCCCUCCUCAAGCCUCCCACCCUCGUGGGCUUUCUCCCUGCCGCCUUCUUGGACUUGGAGCAUCCAAGUCUCAGUUAGGGUCUUCUUCCAAUUCACCUCUGCAAGCACUUUGGGCAAUAGUCUGGGGGCAAUUGGAGACACUUCCCCACUGUGGGGGACUGCACAUAUUCCUGAUGAGCACAAGUCAAACUAGGGUUUGAGCCAUAGUACAGAGGAGGGAGCAGGUGUAAGCUCCCGAGAGCCAGGGGUGUGGAGAGCCCCUCUGCCAGGGGUCCCACACAUCUAAGCCAAGGAAGGCAGCAGCUUGCCUGUCCCUCUUGUCCACCCACCCUGCCACAGUCCAGACUGCAUGUCUGUCUCUCUUCUCUCUUCCCUUGCCUGACUCACCCUGGUCCCUCAGGAUUGGAACUCUAAAUGAGAACAGAUUCAAAUGCAGAACAGGAACACAUAGAGCAAGGUCAUCGUUAGUUUCCCCCCAAAGCACUUUGCCCUCCCUCUCUCAUCUGUACUUGGGUGGGAGCGACUUCCUGAACUAGUAAGAACAUGUCUUCCUGGGGAAAGGUGCAAGACCCUAAUACUGAAGAAAGCCUCCAGGGAUGACUCCUCAAGGACCCUGCCCCAUGGAACAGACUGGGGCACUGCAAGUGGGGCAGGGCUGUGGGGCAUAAACUGAGUACUUCCUCAGAGGCUGCUUUUCUGCAAGUUUUUGGGCUUCCCACUGGAGAAUGGGACCUGGAAGUGUAUGAGGUCUAGACUUCACUGGGAGAGAAACUCACACUGGGCAGGGGUGGAGAUUAAAAGGGGUUCUGGGAAUAGCCUGUUCCCCACAAGGCCUCAGCAGUUUUUCCCUACAGAGGACCCCUUUCCUCUCCCAAUGACCAGAAGCCAGCCUGUUCUGGCCAGGAGGAAAUCUAGGAGAGUAUCACUUGUGGGUGCUGCUAGGGAGAGAGGGCCAUAAGGAAGCCACAGAACUCUCUCUGAUGGGUCAGAAGUUAAUGUCCCACCAUGGUGGGUGCACCUGGCACCCAGGGUCUGAGCUGUGUGGAGACAACAAGGGCUUGUGGCAUUACUGAUACCUUGGGAGCUAAACAGCUGUCUCUCUGGCUUGUCCUCUGGCUGUUCUGCUGAGACAAUCUGUCAAAGGUGUUGGGCUUCUCUGAAACACUUAAGAUGCUGGCUUCCGGCAGCCCCACCCCAAGUCCCAUCCACAUCUGUGCUUCUCUGGGGCCCCACACCAGGUAGCACCCUUGCCCACAGAGGUUAUGAUGCUCAGAGAUGAAAAUUCCAGAAGUCUUGGUUCCCCAUGCCCAAGAUAUGCUCUGUAGCCCUGGAUAGAGGUGGUCUCUGCAGAAACCACAGGAGAGGAGCCCAUCUCUCACUCUGUCCUCCUGGAUGAUAGACAUGGAAGUCUGUUUUGGGGUAGCUGAAUGACUGCUGGCAAACCACACUUGGUUCUUGUGGCAAACCAUUCUUGUGGCAAAAACAGGUGCCCCCCAGCAUCAGUUACAAUCAGGAAGGCAUUUUGCUUGGGAGACAAGGGAUCCAGUCCCCAAUCUCCUUGGCCCCCAAAGAAGCUGCCUCCCAUCACUCCAGAAGCAGACAGAGCCCCCAAACAGGACCCAGCAUGGGAACUAUUAUCAGUGGCUUCCAGAAUGUGCGUGGGUCCCAUGUGACCAAUCAGUAAAAAAGGAUGUUGCCAUGGCAACCCUUGAAUUCCACCGUGAGUUUGCCAAGGCACACAAAAAUAGGAAACAUUUUCUUCAAGAACACUUGGGUUCUGCCUUAUUGCAACCUGACUCCCUGCAUCCGUAUCCUGCUGGUGGUGGAAACUACCCUCGAAAAAAUCUGGUGAUUUCUCUGCCUUUCCCUCUUGUGUUUGAACCUGUCCUUCCAUUUGCUCAGGAGAACAGGAGCUACCUGUGAGCUGGAUUUCCCACUCCACCUCCUCCCUCAUCUCCUAGUGCCUAGAGCAAGUACCCCUUAAUCUGGGCAAUAAGGCGGAAAUGUCAUCUGGAAGGCAAAAACAUCUGUUUGCCUGUUGAGAGGCUCUCCCACAAGCCAGAAAUGUGAACUGAAGUAAACUGAAGUUUACAUGUGGUCUUAGGCAAGCCCAGUGGUUUCAGAAGUUUCUAGGUGUUUUAUUUGCAGUGGACAAGAUGUACACUUUGAGUCUUCUUUCUUGAUACCCACUCCUGUCUUAAAUUUCACAUGACAAAUGGUCUACUAUCUUGCAGAUAGAUAAAUGAGAGAUGGCCAGCUUGUUUUGACAGUAAUGCCCUCCUGGCCUCCCAUCCACAGAAUCAUAAAGCAAUGUAUUAUCUAAGAACUAGGAGAGAGAAAUUUAUCUCUUAUUCCAAAUGCCUUCUCUAGGCUUAGGUCCAGACUCAGGUCAUAAAUCAAACAGAGAUACUCUUAAUCCAUGUCUGGCAGCAUCCCUGGGCCCAUACGAUGGCAUGACUGGAAGAGUAAGGCUGGGGGUGGCUAGUCUGGCCAUGUGUGGCUGCAGGUGAUGAUACCUUGUUCCACUGUACCCUUGCUCUCCAUCCCCACAGAAGCUGCUGAGCUCUUCUCCUCCCAGCUGAAGGUCUCAAGUCAUAUUGGGUCAUUUGAUUGCACUGACUAUUUCUCCAAAGGUUCAUAAUGAUGGUGUUUUUCACCCCGCUCCACUGAGAUAUGGGGAGGAUCUGGAACCCCCUUGCAAGGGGGCCCUGUUUUCCCAUGAGUACUCAAAUGGUAUUUAGAUGAUGCAAAGUCUAAGCUUUUAGGCUUUGGCACAUACUAGUUGUAUUCCCAGGACUGCCUGGAGAGCAUCUGCCUGUAAUGACCUCAGAUCAGAACUUUCUCAUUGGACUCUUCAGUAAUCCUCACAGGACUGAGAGUCUAUAACCUUAAGGCCUUGCCAUAGCCAUCCUCCCUUACCACCUCACUGUUCAACUUCCUCAGAAAGGGAAAAAAGAAUAUCUAUCAGAAGUAGAAAAGAAACAUCAUUCAGCAGCUAGGGUUUUCAAUUUGCAUUAUUUAAAGUGAUGGUAAAAUAGAGAAAGAUUUGGGCUGCCUGUCAUAGACCCUGUCUCCAUGACGAUUUAAAUGUCAGAACUGUUCAGCUUCACUUCAUACUUCCUUUGACUAAGUCGCUCAGGGGACUGUCCUCAGCAGCAUAGCCUUGCCAAAGACACUUGGUUUGGAGAAAUAAGGUCAAGUACACAGAUCAGCCAAGCAUUUCUCAGUAUCCUGUGCUCAUUGCUAAAACACAUGCUCAGUUUAACAGCUACAGUUUCUACUUAAUAUUGGUUUGUGACCCUCUUUGUAUGGUCUCAGGGGACAUGAUAACAAUGCUCGAAAAGUCUAUGUGGCAAAAUUAAUUUGAUUGUUCGAUGGCCACAAAGAAUCAGGUUUUGCCAGUCCCACAAAGAUUAGAAAGUCCUCUGAAACUAGAAAAGACUUGCCAAACCUUCUGCCCCUGUCCCUACCUUGGGUAACUCAUCAGCUGAGCACCCAUGCUGGGCAGAGCCCUCAUGCACCUUGUUCCCUUCAGCAAAAGGGUUGGCUUUCAAGCCAGUGCUUCCCUCACUGUUAGAAGUUAUUGUCCAAAUGAAAGGGAUGUAGAAUCUGGAAUUUUCCAGUGGAAUAGAGGAACAGGCUAAUUAGGAAGGAGUAUUCCAGAUAACACAAAAUUCAAGAGUGAGAGUUCUCCAUCCUUGGACCUGAGAGAGAAAAGGUUAUUUAAAGGACUGCAGAGGCUGGUCUCUGAAUAUUUUCCCUGUAUAUCUGGCCUACUUUGGUAACAUACAGGGGACUGAGAGCCAGAGGGCUGCUGCCUAUCAACCUACUCCCAGUGACAGGCUUGGUGAACUUCAAGAGAAGACUGGUAGCUCACCUUUCCUUGGGGGAUGUUGACAUCAGUCAAGCCCAAAAUGCCUCUCCCAGGGCCCUCAGACUUCCCAAAUGGAGGCCAGGAGAGCAAAUCUCAGAACCAGCUUUGUGGGCAUCACUGUCAGCUGGGAUGGGUGCAGGAAGCAGGACCUUCAGUGCCUCUACCACCCCUGCCUGCAGCCAGAUGAUUUUGAGUGACUUCAUUUCCUGGCCUCAGGUGUUUCAUCUGUAAAGCAACAGGAAAGGUAAACCAGCUGACCCAGGAAA